UUGACCGUGACGUUACACAAACCGAUAAGAAUAUAUAAGUGAUAUUAAAUAAAGUUCGCAUUGUGAAAUAAAAGCAGUCGCGAACACGACUCGUCAGGGGAACAACCGGGAAAAUCGGAGACUAUUAAACAGUCAGUGUCCUUAAAAAUGGCUACGCACGAAGCGUUCACUGGAAACGACCUAAAAAUCGACAAGAAGGCUGAAAAGGAGGAUAAAGUUUAUAGCUAUGAAGAGGCUAUAACUUUGGCAGGCACUGGACGCUACACACACGGACUACUAGCAGUAGUGAGCCUCUCAGUCGUGGCGAUGGCCUGCGACAUGUUCGGCUUCUCCGUGGUGGUGGUUGGCAGCCAGUGCGAUCUUCAGCUCACGCCUAUCCAAAGGAACGUGCUGUUGUCCAUGCCUUUUCUUGGGCCAGUAGUCAUGUCGUACCCUUGGGGCUACUUCAGUGAUACGCGGGGGCGAAGAAAAUGUCUCCUCCUAGCCAUGAGCUGUGGCUUCCUAGCCUCAAUCGUCAGCGUCUUUUCUCCAAAUUGGAUCAUGCUUGCUGUACUCCGCUUCGUGAGUACUAGUUGCUGCAGUUGCGCGCAGUCAGCAACGUAUGCGCUGCUGGGUGAAUCGAGCUCACAGCGCGUGCGCGGCAGCUACAUGCUCGCCAUGACCAGCGUACUUAUGCUCUCACCCACGUGCUAUUUCGUGACGGGCUACUUUGUCUUAAACUUGGAGUUUUCGUUGGACCUGGGCUUUAUCAGCUUCAUGCCUUGGCGGCUGUUAGCUCUAGUAAUGGCCCUGCCUAUGGGGAUGAGCUGGCUGGCGCUGCUCUCCUUCUACGAGAGCCCUAAGUUCCUCGCCAAUGCCGGUAGAGAAGACGAAGCGGUGGAGUUACUUGAAAAGAUAUGGAGGAGGAACGGUGGAAUGGAUGAGUACCCUGUAAAGAAGUUAAUCCUAAACGAAGACUCCACGGCUGCUGCGCACAAGCUUCCAUUUCUCCGUUCGCUGUGGGCACACACUGCCCCCCUCUUCCACCCCCCGCUGCUGUGGAGGACGCUGCAGCUUUACUACAUCACUGCGAUGCUCUAUGCUGUGAACAACAGCCUGCUGAUGUGGUACCCGUUCCUGCUGAACGUCUUCCUAACAGAUGACGGCUCCGCAGACCAAGGCGGUCUCUGCAACAUGAUCCUCCGCUCGCAAGACGCCUCCCACGUCCAACAGGCCUCCGUCUGCCUCUCGAAGCUCGACUACUUCACAACCUUAUUUAGCAUCGUCCACUCUCUGUCGUUUGCGCUGAUAAAUAUCUUCAUGUCUUGCUUCGCUGGCCGCAUGAAGCUCAUGCUGUUGACCAUCCUGACUGUGGCCUUCACGUCCGGUGUGGUCAUCAUAAUGACCACGAACAACACUAUUAGUUUCCUCUUUUUCAUUGGAAUAAUGACGACGGGGCUGGGAAUUGGAGUUGUGUUCUCAUACUUCAUCGAGCUGUAUCCCACAUCGUAUCGUGGAAUGGCAGCAUGUCUGGCCGUGAUCAUGGCGCGAGGAAGCGCGCUAACGGCCAUAAAUAUCCUUGGCUCCAACAUCAUGACAAACUGCCACCAAUGCUUCUACGCGUACACAGCCUACAUCUUAAGCGGUCUUAUCGCAUCGUGCUUCCUGCCUUCCGACGCAAAGAAGAAGACUUAGGACUGGUUUCGUCACAUCCUUUAUCACCGUUCAAACUUUCAUACAAUUUCAUUGUAUGGAAAGUUUCAAAGUUCUUUGCUGACUGAUGUCGAUCAAAUGUGAUCAUUCUGGUCUGUGUUGUAUUUGGUGUAGUUGACUCUUGCUGAAGUUAUACACUGGAAUCAAUGAUACUUAUGAUGAUACCUAUAGAAAUAAUGAUACUCAAUAAAUAUACGUACAUUACGUACUACUUAAACAAUAA